AUCUCCUCAUCUCUUUCCACAUCCACCGCUCGUCAGAUAUCACUCGACUCCACACAACUCUUUCCCCCACAAUAAGAUGACUCAAUACAAAUACGACGUUACCAUGACUUGUGGCGGCUGCUCUGGCGCUGUUACGAGAGUUCUCUCCAAGCUCCAAGGCGUAGACAAAUUCGAUGUGUCCCUCGAGACCCAGAAGGUCACUGUCGAGUCUUCAACUCUCACUCAGGAUGAAAUCCUGGCUGUUAUCCAGAAGACUGGCAAGGCUGCUAAGGUUGCUGAUCAAUAGCUGAGCAUCCCUUUAGAUGCAAGGGACAAUGCAUGUCCUCGGCGGAAUAUAUUCUCCGGCGCGGUCUCUGCUAUCUUUGGACCCCUUACUCUCCUCCUCGCCAUUAUUACUUUUUGUUGACCACGUCCAUAUCGAUCAAGAGUUCAAUAAAUAUCAGGGUCAUUGUUACACAUGUCGCAUGGCGUUGACGCAUGGCCACAUGGCGAAAAGGAGACAAAGGUGCACAAGAUUUACAAGAAGCCGAAAAUGGAAGCUGUGGGGCAUGAGCUUUUGUCGACUGAUGGGAGGAGGCGGGCGCAGCACCAAGGAUAAAAAGAGG